AUGCAAGGACUCUUAAGACGUGCUGUGACAGCUUCCAGGUUUCUUGUAGCUCAGCCAAAACGCUUUUUGAGGAUUCACGAGUACAGUGCUAUGGGUCUCCUGGAAAAAGCCAAAAUUGCUGUGCCCAAUUUUCGUAUUGCAACGAAUAUGGAGGAAGCUUCAAAGGCUGCUGAUGAGAUUGCCAAGCUCUCAAGCAGCCCGGAUUUCGUCGUCAAAGCUCAGGUUCUCGCCGGUGGUCGUGGGAAGGGUGUCUGGGAUAGUGGUCUAAGAGGUGGUGUGAAAAUAACAUAUAGCAAGGACGAGGCUCUCGAUGUCUCGAAGCGUAUGCUCGGUCAUCGAAUUUACACGAAACAAACUGGUGAAGCUGGUACAGUUUGCUCUGCUGUGAGUAUCGUCGAGCGAAAAUACCUACAUCGGGAAUUCUACUUUGCCAUCGCCCUUGAUCGUGUUUCUGCUGGUCCGAUUAUAAUCGCCAGCUCUCAGGGUGGCGUCAAUAUUGAACAAGUCGCGGAGGAAACACCUGAAGCUAUCAUUAAGAUUCCGGUCGAUAUCAUGGAUGGUCUGUCCAUGGAAACAGCCAAGAAGCUAGCCGUUGAUAUGGGUUUCAACUCGACCGAGACUCAAAAAGAAGCUGCUGAUACUUUUGUGAAACUCUACAAGCUCUUCACUGAUACUGAUGCCACACUGGUGGAGAUAAAUCCAAUGGCUGAAGACAAUGUUGGUAAAGUUCUCUGCAUGGACUGCAAAAUGACUUUUGAUGACAACGCGGAGAAGAAGCAGCCAGGGAUUUUUGCGCUUCGAGAUUGGUCUCAAAUGGAUGAGCGAGACGUGCGAGCAGCGAAUGCUGAUCUCAACUAUAUCGGCCUUGAUGGCACCAUCGGUUGUCUUGUGAACGGCGCCGGUCUAGCUAUGGCAACAAUGGACAUCAUCAAGCUGUACGGCGGCUCACCUGCCAAUUUCCUAGAUGUGGGCGGUGCGGCGACGACGUCGCAGGUGAACGAGGCCUUCCGUCUCAUCACCUCCGAUCCCAAGGUGCACGCAAUUCUCGUCAACAUCUUUGGUGGUAUCAUGCGCUGCGAUGUCAUCGCGCAGGGCAUCGUUGCUGCCGCCUCUGAGCUUAACAUCAAGGUGCCCCUGGUGGUGCGUCUGCAGGGCACCCGAGUUGAUGAUGCGAAAGCCAUUAUCGAGAGCAGUGGAUUGAAGAUUCUCGCUUGCGAUGAUUUGGAUGAGGCCGCAAGUAUGGUUGUGAAAUUGGCCGACAUCGUGGCCCUGGCCCGUCAGGCCGCCGUCGACGUGAAAUUCGAGCUGUUGAUGUAG